AUGCCAUUGGUACUUCUAACUGGCUAUCCAUCUAGUGGCAAAAGCUCCAAGACUAGAGAGUUGUGUGCGCUUCUAGAAAACAAAAUCAAGCAGGAGCCGGAGUUGGCCAAAUACUCUUUGGUAUGUCACUCUGAUGAAAGCUUGGGGAUCAAACACACUGAUUAUAUCACAUCGCAGGACGAGAGAAAACUAAGAUCAAAAGUUAUCUCGGCAGUAAAGCGCGAUCUGUCAAGACAAAAGAUAGUGAUUGUGGAUUCCUUGAACUACAUCAAAGGCGUCAGAUACCAGCUUCACUGUGAAGCCAAAAACUUGAUGACAACGUACUGUCUCGUGCAUGUUAUGUGUCCCAGUGCAAAACUGUUGGAGUGGAAUGAAUCGAGUGCUGAAGGACGAAUUCCCUGGGAUAAAGAGCUUCUGAAUCAACUAAUACAACGGUAUGAGGAACCAAAUCCGCAAACGAGAUGGGAUUCGCCUCUGAUUUCUGUUCUGGCUGAUGAAGACACAAUGGAGUCUCUCGCUGACCCAAUUUUCAAGGCUCUUUUUCCACAGCUAUACAAGUCGAAUAAUGAUAGAGAAACCGAAAAGCUUUUGAAUUCUUUGAAGCCCAAUAACGCUACUAUCCUGAAACCAGCUACGCAAAGCAACUCCCUUCAAGUUUUGGAUGCCGAGACCACUACACUCGUAAAAACUUUCUUGGCCGCAUUACAGUCAAACGUCGUGUCCGGGGCAAAACGUAUUAUAAUCUCAGAUGUUCAAGACAUUAAUGACGAACGUUGUCUUUUCGUGGAAGUUCCCUCUCAAGGUGUCACCGUGGCCCAGCUGCAACGUAUACGACGUCAAUUUGUUGCCAUGAAUCGUUUGAGAAGCCUUGAGCAGGAAAGAAUCGCUCCUCUUUUCGUUGAAUACUUAAACAAGAACUUGAACACUGAGUAA